AUGGCAUCAUCAUCAAGUUAUGAUCCUCCAAUAACAAGUCGAUUACCUCCAGAGAUUUUGGGUCAUAUUUUUGCACAUGUUAGCCCUAACGAACUGAGUACUCUUAGUUCAGCAAUAUUAGUGAAUAGAGAUUGGUGCAAAAACAGUGUACCUUAUUUAUGGAGCGCACCAUUUUCUUCCGUAUUUAUAAGCGAAAAUUUAUAUAAAAUUAUUCCAGUAUAUCUGUCUUUCUUGAGUCCCGAAACACGAUCAAUACUGAUUCCAAAUGAAAUAACACCACCAGUAAUAUCACAAGCUACUUUCGAUUAUCCUUCUAUGUUGGAAGAACUAAAUUUUGAGACUCUAUACCUGGCAGUUUAUAUGUGGUCGAAGCAUGAAAAGAGACAAAAAUCUGUGAUUAAUCCUGUGUAUAGAUCACCUUAUUCGCUUGAAACCUUACAAGUAACGACUUCUGAUUCAAAAAAUGAUGAUCCAAUUGUCUCGAACUCUAUGGAUGUUGUUAUUUAUCAUUUAGUGACAGAAAUAUGUAAACUCUUAAUGAAUCGUUCUCGCAAGAUUCAAAACCUUUUUUUUAAACGAUCUGGAAAACUUCGUGCCGUAGGUGCAAAUACUAACGAAACACAAUUGUUUGCAUGGAUUGCUGUAAAAAUUUUAGACGAUAUUCCGAAAUAUCAAGGUGCUAUCUAUUGUUUACGACAUCUUCGAAAACUUAUAGUUGUAGCAUCAUAUUGGAUUGGAAAGCCAUUAUGGAAGCUGUCUUCGAUUUGUCAUGACAUUGUCACGCUUGAAAUUGAUGAUAUUACUUAUAGAGCUGAAGAGUCUCAAUCUACCACGAAUGAAUUAGCUGCACUUAUUAAAAACCAGCGCAAUCUUCAAAAUUUCUACUUCCGUUAUUCUCCGUUAAAGACCACUCCAAUUUUUUUUGCACUAGAAACCCAGGCUCAUUCGUUAAUAAAUAUCGAAAUCGAUGACAUUGACAUUGACAUGAAAUCUAUGGAAUCCUUGACACGUUGCAAAAAUUUGGAAACUUUAAAAUUAAUAAGAUUAAGAUGUAGAGGCAAAGAAGCAUUUAAACCAUUAGCACACUCAAGAUUUCCAAAGCUCAAAAAUUUUGGUAUAAAGCUUACGAAAUGGUCAUACCUAGCAGACCGAUGUAAUGAAGGUUUAUCGAUUGAAGACUUUAAUUCAAUAAUUCAAAAUAAUGGCCAGAAUUUGCAAGAAAUACGUCUGGAAGUAAAUUUUAAAAAAUAUUCAACAACCCUCGGCGUCGUGGGAGAAUAUUGCCCUAAUCUUGUGGAUGUCACAGUUGGUGGUGAUUUUGAUAAUGUGAAUGACUUAGUAUCCCUGUUAAAGCGGCCUUUACGCCUCCAUAAACUUACAAUUCGAGGUGGUGCUUCAUCGUUUAAUGGCGAUGGAAUUCUACCACCAUUUAAAGAACUGGAUGCGAUGGCGAACUUACGUCAAUUCUCGAUUGAUUGGAUGAUAUCAGCUACUUCAAUGGCAACUUUAUUGGAAAAUUGGGAUGCACCUAUUAUACAUUUAAUGUUUCACUGCGAAGGCAAUACCGAUUCACAUGCAAAAAUAAUUCAAGCAUAUUUUCAUGAUCAAAAAAAUAAAAGAAUGUUGAAGGAUGUAAGUUUUGCCGUUGCUUCGGAUGGUCGAGAUUCCCUUAUUGGCGUUGGAUUUAUUGAAGGAUAA